GUCCCACCUUCCAUCUUCCUUCAGUGACCCUAUCCAUCCAUUAACUAUCCACAUCCUGUGAUAGAUGUUUCGUAAUACGACAAGACAAUUGAUUGAAGCUUACGCAACCUCUGUUUUUCACGAUAAACUUUGCUUUGGUCCCUCAACAAAGGGGGCAUCGCAUCACUGACGCCGAAUCCCAACCCUCCGAGACCACCGUUCCGAGCGGGGCAAGCAAACAAGACCAGACCGGUCAGGACAGCGAGAGAUCGGACACCAGAGACGGCAGUUUCGAAACACCAAGCCAGAAAUCCACUAGAUCUAUCGUUCGACAACCAGCAAGCAAACAACCGUCGUCAUGUUCCGAGCGGCCGCGGCGGGGCCGUACGAUGCGGCCAUCAACAAGGCUACCGACGAGAACCUCACGUCAGAGGACUGGGCCGCCAUCAUGGAGGUUUGCGACCGGGUAUCCGGCGACCCGAACGGGCCAAAGGAGUCGGCGCAAAGCCUGAUCAAGCGACUGGCGCAUCGCAACGCCAACGUUCAGCUGUACACGCUCGAGGUCGCCAACGCGCUCUCGCAAAACUGCGGCAAGAAUAUGCACCGCGAGCUGUCGAGCCGCGCGUUCACCGAUGCCCUCCUCAAACUCGCCAACGAUCGCAACACGCACACCCAGGUCAAGGCCAAGAUUCUUGAGCGCAUGAAGGAGUGGUCCGAUAUGUUCAAGUCGGAUCCAGAUCUCGGCAUCAUGUACGACGCCUACUAUCGCCUGAAGCAGAGUAAUCCAACGCUGCAGCCGCCCAGCGCGCCGCAAAAGAACAGCCUCACGGAGUUGGACCGCCAGAAGGAGGAGGAAGAGCUUCAAAUGGCACUCAAGCUGAGCUUGCAGGAGGAGGAGCGGAAGAAGAAACCGGUUCAAGCAGCAGCGGGACCCUCAGGAACGGGGGCAACCGCCGGUGCGGGGGCCGCAGCACAGCAGCAGGAGCAGCAGGCAACGCCGGGCCAACCCGUGCCGUCCGGGACCACAGCCGCGACCGUGUCCCGCGUCCGAGCGCUGUACGACUUCGUCCCGUCGGAGCCCGGCGAGUUGGAAUUCAAGAAGGGCGAUGUCAUUGCAGUCCUCGAGAGCGUCUACAAGGAUUGGUGGCGCGGGUCCCUCAAGGGAAAGACAGGCAUCUUCCCGCUGAACUACGUAGAGAAGCUCACCGACCCGACCCCUGAGGAGCUGCAGCGUGAGGCGCAGAUGGAAGCCGAGGUGUUUGCUGAGAUCAAGAACGUUGAGAAGCUGUUGACGCUACUCAGUGCGAGCAACACCGGGCCGAGGGAGGAAGACAACGAGGAGAUCUCGAAACUCUACCAUCAGACCCUAGCAAUCCGGCCAAAGCUCAUCAAACUGAUUGAGAAGUACUCUCAGAAGAAGGAUGAUUUCACGCAACUCAACGAGAAGUUCAUCAAAGCCAGGAGAGACUACGAAGCUCUGCUUGAGUCGUCCAUGUCGCACCCGCCAGGACCUACCUACCACCAAUAUGCCAUGCGCCCGCCAAUCCCUCAGGGCUACCCGCCCGUGGGCCAGGGUUAUGGCGCACCUCCCCAGGCGCAAGAUCCGCAGCGGUUCUACACACCUGCGCCUGCACAAGAACCAUCCCAUUACCCAUCGUCCUCCCCUCCCCUUAAUAACUUCCAGCGUCCCGGCGCAGGAGUCGCCCCUGCUCCAUUCUACGUAGCAGGAGCCGAGGUUCCAUCUCAGCAGAACCAGCCACCAACACAAACAUCGCCGCCGCCGCCGCCGCAGCAGCAGCAGCAACCAUCGCAACCGCAGUACGCGCAACGUCCGCCGGAGCAGCGGGUGCCAUCCGGCGGCAAGCAGCCGACGCCGUUGAAUACCUCGGCAUCACCACCACCAGGGAACCCGUAUGCGGCGUACCAGGCACCACAGUCCUCCGCGCGUCCGCAAAGCACCUACGGCAGCGGUCCCCAGGAGCUCUCGACCUCGGUUUACGACUCUCCCAUCGCCCCACAAAACGCGAAUCCGGCGGCGCCGUAUUCAUCUUCUGCGUACACCACUCCAGACGAACAUCCAUACGACGCCACCAACGCAAACCCUCCGAGCGCGCCCGCCGCGCCUCCCCCGGCCGUUCCAGGCCCAUCGGCGCCGAGUCCUGAUUACCGGGCACCGACCUACAGUCACGGACCCACCCAGGGGCAGUAUGCGGCCUACCCCAACCACGGUCCAUCCCAUCCCGGUACAUACGGCGGGUAUGACGGUAGCGCAUCGGAUGGACCCCAGCACGCAGGCUCUUCCCGGCCACCGGCGAACCCGCUUUCCCCACCCCCACUGCAGCCGGCUGGGCCGGCCUAUGAUGCGCGCCAGAGCCUACCUAGCAGGGCCAGCGGCCCGGGACACCAACAGCCGCAGUACAAGGCUUAUGUUCCGCCGGGUUCUGGGGCGGAGGACGGAAGCGGACCGAGUGCGCCUGCUGCUGCUUCGUCACCGGGGCCGGCGUCUGGGGCGGAGGGGUUUUAUCGUACCGCGGCGUAUUGAUCUGAUCUGCUGACGAAGGCUGGCAGGAGUGUAUGGCAAGGGAGGUACGGUAUUUGGUAUAUGUUUUGAGGCCCCGAAUGAGUGUUUUCAUCACUGCCCUGAUGAGUGCUGCAGCCGAAACAUAUGACACGGUACAUAGUGACCUGGGUUCAUAUGAGGUGAAGCGAGGAGCAAGAUGAGACAAUUGCUCUCAAUAAUCACUACUAGUACCUAAGGUAUAGGGGGUGGAAGUAGUCAUGAAGAUGAACAAUAGCCGAUGAUGUUCUGUGACUGAUAGUCGAUGGGGCCAAGAGCCUGUCACACUCGGCUAGCAAGGCCAUGAUACUGUACAGGCAUAUAGUCGACCACAUUAUGUUGUUAUCUCUCCGU